GACUCUGCAUUCACUAUAUCUGGUCUCCCAGGACCCUGCAUUCACUAUAUCUGGUCUCCCCGAACCCUGCAUUCACUAUAUCCGGUCUCCCCGGACCCUGCAUUCACUAUAUCUGGUCUCCCCGGACCCGCAUUCACUAUAUCUGGUCUCCCCGGACCCUGUAUUCACUAUAUCCGGUCUCCCAGGACCCUGCAUUCACUAUAUCUGGUCUCCCCGGACCCUGCAUUCACUAUAUCUGAUCUCCCCGGACCCUGCAUUCACUAUAUCCGGUCUCCCAGGACCCUGCAUUCACUAUAUCCGGUCUCCCCGGACCCUGCAUUCACUAUAUCCGGUCUCCCCGGACCCUGCAUUCACUAUAUCCGGUCUCCCAGGACCCUGCAUUCACUAUAUCUGGUCUCCCCUGACCCUGCAUUCACUAUAUCUGAUCUCCCCGGACUCUGCAUUCACUAUAUCUGGUCUCCCAGGACCCUGCAUUCACUAUAUCUGGUCUCCCCAGACCCUGUAUUCACUAUAUCUGGUCUCCCCGGACCCUGCAUUCACUAUAUCUGGUCUCCCCGGACCCUGCAUUCACUAUAUCUGGUCUCCCUGGACCCUGCAUUCACUAUAUCUGGUCUCCCUGGACCCUGCAUUCACUAUAUCUGGUCUCCCACAGUACAAACAACAUGGAAAUGCAAUUAUUUUAGUAAAUAUAAACUGCUAAACACCUUUUCUCAUCAGCAGUAUGUAGCAGUCUUGUGACUUCUAUCAGUGUCCAGCAGAGCACUGGUUAAAGCUUGUAGGAGAUGUUUUCUUUCUCCCCUGAUUGUCCUAUGAGGCUGCAGGACCACUGAUCCUCUGCCUGGACUGUGCUGAUUGGCCCUGUGCUGAUCACCGAGAAACAAAAACUCUCUAGCAAUACACACCAAACAGAGCAUGUGCCGCUCACCCCCAAGGCUCUGUUCUAACAGCAGAUUGAUUGUGGACAGUAGAAGAUGGUGAGUAUCAGGGAAGACAGGAUCAAACAGCCUUUUUACACAAUGGAGAAGAUUAA